AUGGGUUCAGCACGAGCGGCCGCUUAUGCAGCCAUAGGGCUUUCGUCCCUUUGCGUGGUCCUGACUGUAUUAUAUCUGCCUGUGUUCAUUUCAAGAAUACAAGCCAUUCAGAGAGGUUUGGCAAAGAAUGUCGACGAAUUCAAUGUUAUGGAGGCAGAGAUCUGGGUGGAUUUGCAACUGGCUCGCCAUGAAGCACCAGCAAUCACGCGAAAUAAGCGUCAGAUAGUGGGAGAAUGCGUGUGUAGCGAAGUGAACGAUUGCCCACCCGGACCAAAAGGACGUCCUGGCGCGGAUGGUAUGGAUGGUACACCGGGAGCUCCCGGUGAGCCCGGGGAAGUCGGUUUACCCGGAAUUGUACCUCAGGUGCAACAAGUGAGCGCAAAAGGCUGUCGUGUCUGCCCACCUGGACCGCAGGGACAAUCUGGAUAUCCUGGACAACCUGGCGAACAAGGUCUACCAGGUCCUGAAGGACCUCCUGGAAACGAGGGUCGUCCCGGACCUCCAGGAGUUGCUGGCCCACCAGGACCUCCUGGAGAACAGGGUCAAGCUGGUAAAGAGGGAGAGCAAGGCCCGCCUGGACCCAGUGGAAUUCGAGGAGAAAAGGGACCUCCUGGUCCACGUGGUCUUCCGGGCAUGGUUGGACCUAAAGGAUUUCCAGGUAACACUGGUCCACCGGGACAGGAUGGACCUAUGGGAAUUAUGGGUGAGAUGGGACCUAGCGGAAAUCCAGGUCCACCUGGAUUCCCUGGCCCUCCGGGAAUAGCUGGUGAUCCUGGAUUACCCGGGGAAGAUGCUAGUUAUUGUCGCUGCCCUGCUAGAAGCAAAGCUGGCCACAAGAAAACGCACUGA